AUGACUGACACAGACGGUACGACCAGGACGCUGACGGCCAGCUGCUACUGCAAGGCAGUGCAGUACAGCAUCCAAGUUCCACAAGCCAACCUUCCCCUGUCCGUCCAUCUCUGCCACUGCAGCAUCUGCCGCUAUACCCAUGGAACUUUGUGCAUAUUCCACGCAGUACUGCCUUCAGACAUCCAGCCCAAGUUCAUCGCCCCUUCGUCGCUAUCAAAUCUGACGGGCUACAAGCACGCCCAUGCCCAAUCCGAGCGCUUCUUCUGCACCACCUGCGGGAGUCACAUUGGAGAUCGGGACUUUGAAGCAGCGCCGGGGGCAACAGAGAUGGAAUGGAGGAUUUCCACCAGUCUGUUCUCGGAACAGGGGGAGGACUUGUUCCAGAUGAAGACCAACUGCUUCACGGAGGGCUCGACGGGUGGCUCAGGACUGUUCGAUUUCCUGCCCAAGAUGGGCGAUCGGGAGAUGAAGACCUUCAACCCCGGGCCAGACAGCGGCUGGUGGUCAGCAGGAAUGAAGGACGACCCUCCCAAGCAAGAGUUUGACGGUGAAGGGAACGAGGUCCUACGAGCGGGCUGCCAUUGUGGCGGCGUGUCGUUCACGAUCCCCAGGCCGACCUUACCCGCCGUCAAGAACGAUCCUUUCAUAUCACGAUACGUCUCGCCAACCGAGCAAGGGAAAUGGAAGGCUUUCCUGGAUGUAUGUGACGACUGUCGCCUCAACGCCGGUGUGCACGUUGUGCCCUGGGUUCCUGUGCCCCGGGCGCUGAUCCGGCCGCCAAUGCCGCUUGGGCUGGCCCCAUACGGCACGCUGAAGACGUAUGUAUCCUCGGAGGGGACGCUGCGGGGCUUUUGUGGCGACUGUGGCGCAAGCGUGAUCUUCUCGUGCGAUAGUCGGACGCCGACGCCCGAGCAGCAAAUCAUCAGCGUGCCUGCUGGUCUCUUGAGAGCACCUGAGGGAGUCCUUGCCGAGAAGUGGGUGACGUGGAGAGGCUGUCUUGCGAACUUCAAGAGCGGCCAUCGUUUCGAUCCUGUUUUUGCGGACAGUCUCCUAGAGGGCCUUCAGAACUGGUCGAAGAAACAAUACGGCGAGGCUCUCAUCUACUCAGUUGACUGA